AUGGGUUCAACUACUACUCUCCCCGCUAUGAAAACCUCCCCUAAAUACAUCUUCUUCACCGAUUUCGAUGGCACAAUUACAACCCGCGAUUCCAACGAUUUCAUGACUGAUAACCUUGGAUUUGGAGAAGAACUCCGCAAACAAGGAAACAAAGAUGUUCUCGAUGAUACAAAGACCUUCCGUGAUUCAUUCCAAACAAUGAUGGAUAGUAUCAAGACUCCAUAUAGCAAGUGUAUAGAGACUCUUAUCCAGAACAUCAAGUUGGAUCCAGGUUUCAAGGAAUUUUUUGAAUGGGCGAGGGAGAACAACAUUCCAGUUGUUAUUUUGAGUGGUGGAAUGGAACCAAUCAUUAGAGCAUUGUUGGUGCAUCUUUUGGGAGAGAAGGAAGCUGCAGAGAUUCAGAUUGUCAGUAACCAAGUUGAGGUUCGGGAAGGAUUCAAGAGUCUUGAUGAUGAGGGAGGCUGGAAUAUUGUGUAUCAUGACGAAAGGUAUAUUCAUGAUCCGAACAAAGAUAUCGGACAUAGAGCUAAUGAUUUCAAUAGUCAUUUUGGACAUGAUAAAUCCCUAGAGAUUAGACCAUACGCCGAACUUCCAGAUGAUCAAAGACCAACCAUGUUUUAUGCUGGAGAUGGAGUAUCAGAUCUUUCUGCUGCCAAGGAGACUGAUCUUUUGUUCGCCAAAAAGGGUCAUCAUCUCAUAACAUAUUGUGUCAGAGAAAAGGUCCCAUUCACAAUCUUCGAAGAUUGGACCUAUAUCUUAUCAACGGUCAAGGAUGUUGUCGCUGGAAAAACAACUGUUAAAGAAGUCUACGCUGCUGGCAUCAAGGAUUUCGAACAGGGGGGAAAUAAGGCAUAG